AUGUCUAACAACUUUAAUUUAGAAGCAUUCCUGGAUUUGGUGCUUUUCACUGUCCAAAGGGGAGGGAGUGAUGGACUGAGGGACGAACCACGAGAGCAGUUUGCAAAAGUCAACAGCGAGGAAGAGGCUGAGGUGGAGGGCGGGGAGCACGAGUCUUAUGAGGAGCAGUUGACGGAACUGGGAUUGUCUCCUAGAAAUCCUGAACAGAAGAUCAUUAAACGAGUGAUUGCCCUUGAAGGAGACAUUAUCAAAACCAUUGGAUACAAAAAGAAGUAUGUGAAAGUUCCCCAUGGUCAUAUUUGGGUGGAAGGUGAUCACCAUGGACACAGCUUUGACAGCAAUGCUUUUGGUCCUGUUUCUCUGGGACUUCUACAUGCCCGAGCUACUCAUAUUCUGUGGCCUCCCCAGCGCUGGCAGAAGUUACAGCCAAUGCUGCCCCCAGAGCGCAAACCACUACACAGAGAGCAGGAGUGAUGUGGAUAUUCAGACAGGAAAACACCGACAUGAAGUUUAACCAGAAAUAGUUACAGUGGUUAAACCAUCACCUGUGAGAGCUUUGCCAAUUGCUUUGACAUCAGGUGUCACAUCAGUGAAUACACGUGACAUCUUCAUGUUGCAAUGCCACCAGAAAUUCUUCAUGUGUAUUUCAGUUGUUCUGUUGUUUGGUGGGUUUUAAAAAUCUCAAACUUUAGGGCAUUGUACCUUCAUUGGUUUGAAAUAAAUGGUUUUAAAAGGAUUGAAUGUUCAUUUUUUUUCCUGGAAGCAGUAAAAUGCUUGCCUUGUGUCUGUACCUGUGCUUCUCUGGACAAGAAACUAUUAAAACCUUCAAUAAACUAUUUGACGUUUUACAUUCAGCUUGUUUCCUUUGUAACUGCAUGAAACAUUUAUUAAUCAUUGAUUACAUAUGAAAAAGAAAAUA